AUGUCGGUUCUUAAGUACAAGGCCAAUGUUCAGAUUGUGUUGCAGGACACGAGCAUUGUCACACCCGAGAACCAUCCUAUGCAUCUUCAUGGGUACCAGUUUUAUGUUGUCGGGUCGGGUUUUGGGAAUUUUGACCCGAAGAGAGAUCCGGCUAGCUUCAAUCUGUUUGACCCACCAGAGAGGAAUACCAUUGGAACCCCUCCCGGUGGAUGGGUGGCCAUCCGAUUCGUUGCUGACAAUCCAGGAGCUUGGUUUAUGCAUUGUCACAUUGACUCACAUCUAGGAUGGGGUCUAGCGAUGGUUUUCCUAGUUGAGAAUGGAGUCGGUCAGCUCCAGUCGGUGCAGCCUCCGCCAUUGGAUCUCCCAAGAUGCUAAAUAUGGUCGCUGGAUUUCUCAUUUGAUCAAACAUAUCUCAUGUUUAAAACAAACAAAUCGUUUUUUAGGUUAUGUCGGUUGUAUCUUGUAUGUAUAUCAUUUGAAAUUAAUGUACUCGUUCGUCUCUC